UCCUGCAGUCUCUCUCCCUCUCUCAGGAAAGAGCCACUCCUUGCUCUAUACCGCAACCAUGACCAGCUUCAGCAGCCAGAGUUUUAAGUCCUCAGGUGGCUCCUUCAGCGGAGGCUCUUUCCGGGGCCCUGGUAUAGGUGGAUCCUCUCGGCUUUCCGCAAUAGGCAGUGGUGGUGGUGGUGGUGGUGGCCACCACUUCAUGGUUUCACGUGCCCCCAGCAUGCAUGGUGGUUCUGGAGGAUCUGGUGUGCGCAUUUCCACUGUCUCCCACUCCAUACGUAGUGGUGGAGGUGCUGCAGGCCUAGGUUUUGGUAGUAGAGCAGGCUUUGGCUUUGGAGCCGGUGGAGGAGCUGGUGGAGGAGCUGGUGGAGGAGGCGGGUUUGGCUUUGGUGGGGGUUUUGGUGGUGAAGAUCUGGGUGUGGCAGCCAAUGAGAAGGCCACCAUGCAGAACCUGAAUGACCGCCUGGCGUCCUACCUGGACAAGGUGCGCACCCUGGAGAAGGCCAAUGCUGACUUGGAACUGAAUAUCAGACAGUUUUUGGAAAACAAGGCCUCCCCUGCUGCCCGAGACUACUCUGCUUUUGAAGACACCAUCAGGGACCUGCAGGAUAGGAUACAGGAUGCUGCCAGAGAUAAUGGAAACGUCUACUUGAGCAUUGAUAAUGCUAAACUGGCAGCAGAUGACUUCAGAACCAAGUAUGAGAAUGAGUUGGCCAUGCGUCAGUCAGUGGAUGCAGACAUUGCUGGGCUUAGGAGACUCUUGGAUCAGCUGACACUGACGAGGUCAGACCUGGAGAUGCAGAUCGAAGGCCUUAAGGAUGAGUUGAUCUUCCUCAAGAAAAACCAUGAGGAGGAACUGGAAGCAAUGCGUAACGCCAUGUCCGGUAGUGUGAACGUGGAAGUGGACGCUGCACCUGCGGAAGACCUGAACCGUGUCCUGGCUGAGAUUCGCGAACAGUAUGAAGCUGUAGCUGCCAAGAACAAGCGUGAACUAGAGAGCUGGUUCCAGGCCAAGGUCGAUAAUCUGAACAAAGAGGUGGUCUCCAGCUCAACGACUCUAGAAGUGUCCAAGUCAGAGGUCAAUGAUAUCAGACGCACCGUACAGGGCCUGGAGACUGAGCUACAAUCCCAACUCAGCAUGAAAGCGUCUCUGGAAGGCGUUCUAGCAGAUACAGAGGGACGCUACUCCAUGAAACUGGCUGGACUGCAAGAUCAGGUAACAGGACUGGAGCAGCAGCUGGGGGAGAUCAGAGCUAAUAUAGAGAGGCAAGGUCAGGACUACAGGAUUCUGCUGGACAUCAAGACCCGGCUGGAGAUGGAGAUUGCUGAGUACAGGAGGCUGCUGGAUGGAGAGGGUGACAGUGUCAAAACAAACAUCAGUAAAAAUUUGAAGGUGAAGACCAUUGUGGAAGAGAUGGUUGAUGGGCAAGUGGUGUCCUCCACAAGUAGUUAGAUCCAGUGUGGCUACAUUCAACACCAUGAUACAACCUUCAUUUUUAACCAAAAUAAAAUCUUCAAUAUCAAUCUUCAAAAUACAAUUUCAACAUCCACAGCAAGAGAUCCAUGAUUCAUGUGAAAUAAUCUGAACUGAAAUGAGACAAUAAAAUGACUCAUGGACACAA